CCCUCCCUUCUCCUUCGCGCCCUCUUUUCCCUCAUCUCGCCCUCACUCCCCCCUUUCCUUCGCGAUGGCGUACGCCCUCCUUCACGACGAAGGACGCCCUCCUCCUUCAUGACGAAGUACGCCCUUACCUUCACGGCGAAGGGCGCCCUCCUUCCCCUCCUUCGCCCUUUCUUCCUCGCAUCUCGCUCUCCCUCCUCCGCUCUCUCGCCCCUUUUUCCUUCACGACGAAGGACGCCCUCCUCUUUCGAGACGAAGUACGUCCUCCUUCGCGGUGGCGUACGCCCCCUUUCCUUCGCGAUGGCGUACGCACUCCUUCACGGUGACCUACGUCCUCCUCCUCCCUUGACUCGUCCAUCAGCCCUCGUCUCGCCCUCCUUUCCUUCGUGACGACGUUCACCUCCUCCUUCGCGACGACGUACGCCCUCCCUUCUCCUUCGCCCUCCCCCGGGCCGGCUCGGCCUCCUCCCCGU